GGCGGUGCGGGCACCUAGCUGCGCGUGCGCAGAGCUUGUUCAAAGGGCCUUAUUUAGGUUGCGCAGGCGCCCGCUAGCCAUUUCUUCUCAGCCACGCCGAAGUCGUGUGUUCAGUCUGUUUGGACGCCAGGACCCACUAAGAGACAAUGAUGUUGGGCACCGAAGGCGGAGAGGGAUUCGUGGUGAAGGUCCGGGGCUUGCCUUGGUCUUGCUCAGCAGACGAAGUGCAGCGUUUUUUUUCUGACUGCAAAAUUCAAAAUGGGGCUCAAGGUAUUCGUUUCAUCUACACCAGAGAAGGCAGACCGAGUGGCGAGGCUUUUGUUGAACUUGAAUCAGAAGAUGAAGUCAAAUUGGCCCUGAAAAAAGACAGAGAAACUAUGGGACACAGAUAUGUUGAAGUAUUCAAGUCAAACAACGUUGAAAUGGAUUGGGUGUUGAAGCAUACUGGUCCAAAUAGUCCUGACACGGCCAAUGAUGGCUUUGUACGGCUUAGAGGACUCCCCUUUGGAUGUAGCAAGGAAGAAAUUGUUCAGUUCUUCUCAGGGUUGGAAAUCGUGCCAAAUGGGAUAACAUUGCCGGUGGACUUCCAGGGGAGGAGUACGGGGGAGGCCUUCGUGCAGUUUGCUUCACAGGAAAUAGCUGAAAAGGCUCUAAAGAAACACAAGGAAAGAAUAGGGCACAGGUAUAUCGAAAUCUUUAAGAGCAGUCGAGCUGAAGUUAGAACUCACUAUGAUCCACCACGAAAGCUUAUGGCCAUGCAGCGGCCAGGUCCCUAUGACAGACCUGGAGCUGGCAGAGGGUAUAACAGCAUUGGCAGGGGAGCUGGCUUUGAACGGAUGAGACGUGGUGCUUAUGGAGGAGGUUAUGGAGGCUAUGAUGAUUAUAAUGGAUAUAAUGAUGGCUAUGGAUUUGGGUCAGAUAGAUUUGGAAGAGACCUCAAUUAUUGUUUUUCAGGAAUGUCUGAUCACAGAUAUGGGGAUGGUGGCUCUACUUUCCAGAGCACAACAGGACAUUGUGUACACAUGCGGGGAUUACCUUACAGAGCUACUGAGAACGACAUUUAUAAUUUCUUUUCACCGCUGAACCCUGUGAGAGUACACAUUGAAAUUGGUCCUGAUGGCAGAGUAACCGGUGAAGCAGACGUCGAGUUUGCAACUCACGAAGAUGCUGUGGCAGCUAUGUCAAAAGACAAAGCAAAUAUGCAACACAGAUAUGUAGAACUCUUCUUGAAUUCUACAGCAGGAGCAAGCGGUGGUGCUUACGAACACAGAUAUGUAGAACUCUUCUUGAAUUCUACAGCAGGAGCAAGCGGUGGUGCUUAUGGUAGCCAAAUGAUGGGAGGCAUGGGCUUGUCAAACCAGUCCAGUUAUGGUGGCCCAGCCAGUCAGCAGCUGAGUGGUGGUUAUGGAGGCGGCUAUGGCGGCCAGAGCAGCAUGAGUGGAUAUGGCAGCCAAGGAGCAGUGAACAGCAGCUACUACAGUAGUGGAAGCCGUGCAUCUAUGGGAGUGAACGGAAUGGGAGGGAUGUCUAGCAUGUCCAGUAUGAGUGGUGGAUGGGGAAUGUAAUUGAUCCUGAUCACUGACUCUUGGUCAACAUUUUUUAAAGAAAAAAGUUUAACAGUUUUGCAAUACAAGCUUGUGAUUUAUGCUUAUUCUAAGUGGAAAUCAGGAUUGUUUUAAAGACUUAAGGUUCAGUAUUUUUGAACACAAACUUUCAUCUAGGAUGUAACAACCGAGUAAACUAUAACUGUUAAACAAUUUUCAGCUUUUCUCUAGUUAUAUAGUAGGAUGUACUUAAGCAGUAAGUGUAUUUAGGUUAAAGCAGUUGAAUUAUGUUAAAUGUUGCUCAUACCACAUUACAUUGAACACUGUUUGGAUGCAUGUUGAAAGACAUGCCUUUUUUUGUAAAACUCAAUAUAGGAGCUGUGUCUACAAUUAAAAGUGAAAACAUUUGGCAUGUUUGUUAAUUCUAGUUUCAUUUAAUAACCUCUAAGGCACGUAAGUUUUUUUUUUUUUUUUUUUUUUUUAAGUUAAUGGGGGAAAUUUGAGACGCAAUACCAAUACUUUAGGAUUUUGGUCUUGGUGUUUGUAUGAAAUUCUGAGGCCUUGAUUUAAAUCUUUCAUUGUAUUGUGAUUUCCUUUUAGGUGUAUUGCGCUAAGUGAAACUUGUCAAAUAAAUCUUCCUUUUAAAAACUGCA